AUGGCGUUCGAUGGUUUUCACCGAGCCCGCAGCUCAUCGCGAGACGACCGAAUCGACUAUGAUCCUGAUGAAUACCAACGCGGCCGACAACGAAUCGACCUGAAACUCAAAGGUACCUUUGAGCGCAUCUUCGAGAAAUACGCCAAAGACUUUACUGGAGUCGGCGAUGAAAUCGACAUGGAGACCGGCGAGGUCGUCGUCAACAACGGCCACCUGACGUACAUGCAACACGAACGAGACACGGGAAAGAGCGCCUCAUCGCGCUUCGUGAGAGCUUUCGCUGAAGAGUUGGAAGUUGAAGACGGCCAUGAGGACAAUGCCGACGACGAUGUUGAGGAUCCUGCAGAGUUGCCUGAAGAAGAGCCUGAAGAGGAAGACGACGACAGCCAAGAGGAGGAGGAUGAACAAGAAGAAGACGUCAGCGACGACGAGGAUGGAGACUACGAAGAUGCAGCUGUCGACGCUGGCGACGAGCAAUCAGGCGACGAAUCUGACGACUUGGGCCGCGACCACGACGAGCUCGCUCUCGAUCCGCGUUUGGCCCAGCCUGCUCAGUCGGAUGUUAGGGUUAGCCAUGAGCAGCAAUACCACAAUACAUCCGUCGUUCCAUCUACUGAAGUCGCUCAUUCUCUGCCUCAAAUCUCCAUCGCCGACUCUCUGAAUCAGCUUGUCCCACAUCAAGAUGCCGAAGGAAGAGUCGAUCCCGAGGCCAUUCAUCAGCUGGGCCAAAGCAUUGCCAAUCAAAUCGCCGACUUUCUCAUGCGUGCUACCUCCCUCAAUCGUCAACCGCAUUUCCCAGGCCAGCCUCAAGGCAUCUGGUCCGCUCCCGCACUGCCUGAAGACGCUUUCAACCCGCCCAACUACCUCGACAACCGUGCCAACGCUCUGACGCCAGCUCCGCAUCGCGCUCCCUCUGUUUGGGACUCUCCUUCUGGUGGUCAGUCACUUUGGGCUCCUGCAGCCUCACGGCCCAAGAAGCGUCGCAGACUCCUCAAACAUACCGAGACUUCAUUCGACCUAGAUCCUGCAUUGACUGAUGAUCCAACCUUCUCCGACGCUGCUAAUUCAAGAAAUCGUGUGAGACAAAACCGUGGCUACUCUAGAGAGGAAGAUGAUUUGAUCAAGCGUUUGAAAGAGAUCAAUGGCUUGACCUGGCAACAAAUCACUGCCCACAUGCCUGGAAGAACCAUGGGUGGCCUUUCGGGCCGCUACACUCGUGUCUUGAAAGAUUUACCUCGACCCGUCAUGAUCAAGCGUGAGAUCAUCGAGAUCAUGGAUGGCGAAGACGACGAGUUGUCUACUCCUGGCCCCUCGCAUACAGCAGCAUCGCCCGGCAUGUCACCUUUCCGCACUCCGCUCCUGCGCCGUGCUAUGGAUAAGCAGAUAGCACGUCAUGGAGACAAUGGCGAGAUCCCUAUCACCAUAGGGGACGAAGGCGAUGACACAGACUCACAGCGUGAUUCUUCUGCUCCACCGCCAGCUGAGCUCUUCUCUGAUGGUCAGGGUGGCCACUAUAGACGUCAUCCAAUCACCGGGGUGGCUGCUCCAACCCUCUACAUGUCGGAUACGCCCGAAGUGGAUACCCCAGAGCCUGUCAAGAAUAAAAGAGUACCAAAAGAGAGAUACCUUCCACACGGACCUGCUGGGUUCUACAGAACGUUCGACACCUCGGAUCCAAAGGUCGGAAGCUUCGGUAUGCUUCGUACGGACAGUCCAUCCACACAUGUUGCACAGGAACACAAUCUCAACUUCUUCGGACCUACCAGCGGCUUUGGCGUGCUAAGAAUGGAGCAGCCAAAGCAGUCGAAGAAGAAGAAGAGGCGGCCAAGUGCGAAGGCUUCCAACGAGUCAGAAGCACCUCGAAGGACUUCUGAUGAGAGACACUAUAAUCAGGAGAAGUUGGACAGACGUUUCAAUCAGUCCAAUGCCUCAACGUACACUUACCCAGCACCUCAACUGCGAGAUAGGUUAGCCAAUACGCCGACCAGCACUAUCAAUCUGUUUGCUCGUGCUGAGCAGUAUCUGAGGGCUAAGGGCCUGACUGCUGCUGGCAUGACUACAUCUCAGCUUAUCUCGUCGUUGCAAGCAAACCAGCGCGCAAAUCCCACGGCAGCAAGAUCGAGUAACACCGGUAGUUCUACCAACAUGAUGCCUCCACCUCCUGCCAGAUCUCGCUUCGAACCUGUGUUCGAAGAAAGCUCGCCCGUGCAUCCACCUCAUCCGCCUCCACCGUACAGCGCCAAUCCACCUUUACGAGCAAGCACUCCUCCUCCAUGUCGUACAGAGCCGAUGGUAAUCGACACAGAAAACGAUGGCGAUGUUAGUGACUCGUCGGCGACUAUGGAUACCCCAGCAACAGCGACCCGCUAUGCCGAUUCUCCAGUAAUGACCGCUCAUGAUGGGCCUUACUUCCUCUCAAAUCUCCCACCGCCGCCAAGUCCGUUCAUGCCGGCACCGCAAGCACAGAUGCGCAUGCCGUCUUCAUCGCCACUCUCUUCACCUCCACCGGCUCCAUCGCCCGCGCCUUCGCAGUCUUCCUCGAAUGAGAGCCAACGUCGUAGUGUGAGAAGCUCCACAAGGCAAGCGACCAAGAAGUCGUUACAACCAUCUGAACCAGUCAGAUCAGGCGAAACGAGUCUACCAACGCCUAAGCCAGCUAUCAGAAACAUCGCUCUUGCUGCAACGCCUAAGACGCCGGUGGUACGCUACGGGACGCCUCUCAAAGAGACGGUGGGAAGGAAAGAAAUGUUGAGAAAGAGGGUUUUGGCUGAGCCUGACGAUGGAUCAGAGGACGAACUCGCGUAG